UAUUAUCAUUUUUAGACCCCUUGUGAAACAAAACAGAGUUGUAGAAGAAGAGGAAGAAGAAGAAUCACAGCUCUCUGCACGAGUGUGUUUCUUUUCAUUUUGAUGUGAUAUCCUUAAUCUGUAUAAAAAUCCCUGUAAAAGUUCCCAAGUUUUUCUUUCUUUCUUAUUCUCUGUGUUCUGGGGUUCUGGACUUCUGGGUUUUCUCUGUUUGCUUUGUUGUUUUGGGACAGACUAGUGUUUUGUGUAAAUGUCUCAACCAAGGCAGUUUCAGAUGGUGGGAGGUAACAAUUACAUUCCAGGCCAUCAAUACAAUGACACAACUUUUACCAAAAUCUUUGUUGGGGGUUUGGCCUGGGAGACUCAGAGGGAGACUAUGAGGAGGUACUUUGAGCAGUUUGGGGAUAUCUUGGAGGCUGUUGUUAUAACAGAUAAAAACACAGGAAGAUCCAAAGGCUAUGGAUUUGUCACAUUUAAGGAUCCAGAGGCAGCCAUGAGGGCUUGUCAGAACCCAUCUCCUGUUAUAGAUGGAAGAAGAGCAAACUGCAAUCUUGCUUCUCUUGGUGCACAGAAAACUAGUCCACCCACUCCUCAACAUGGUUUAGGAAGGUUUAGACCGGCACCUGGUUUGGUAGCUCCACCUGCUUAUCAUGGCUCUUCAUCCACAUACUUCCAUCAACCGACUGGUCAAUACACAUUUCCUUAUUCAGCUUAUGGGUACUCUGGAUAUUCACAAGAUUCUAUAUAUCCCAUGAACUAUUAUAGUGUUUAUGGUCGUGGUCAACAAUUCUCACCUUAUUACACCACCACAACUGGGACAUCAGGGCCAGCUGGCAUGUACCACAAUUACUACCCAUACUAUGCUUCUGCUCAGUAUGCACAAGCUAGUAGUAACCAAGCUCAAGGCUAUGGAGUUCAAUAUCCCCAAAUGGUGCAAUACCCAUAUAUACCUCAGCACAAUGGCUCCUCAGCUGGGAUUCUAUCACUUCGUUCUUCAAUCCCAGUUACUACUACCAUUUCUACCACCACAGGUGUAACAGCAGCCACUGGGGUAACUGGAGCUUCUGCCACCAAUUCUGAACACAAUUCUUCGAGUUAAAAGAUAAUUAACCACAUUGGUAAAUGGGUUAUAGUUGAUGAAGUGCAAAAGUGAAAGGAACAUGUUAAUAAGGAAACGGCAUUCAAAAGGGUGCCUUGCUGCAGAUAUGUAUCAGCAACCAGAAGGUUAGAAGAAAAAGGGUACCAAAGGCUGCAUUUUAGGGAAGCUUGCUCACUAACAUCAUCAUCAUCUUCUUCUUCUUCUUCGCCAUUGUCGUCAAUCAUCAUCACACAUGUUCGGGUUAAUUAGGUGAAUAAGGAUUCAGGUCUUUUAAGUAGUUGUUAGCAUUCAUUAGGAUUUAAGGAUCGUAUGACUCAAUCAUUCAUGUAUUGGCAGGCAUGGUAUGAGGUAGAGGCUAAAUAUUGGCUUUGGAUUCUACCUCAGUAUACUAAUUUACUAGAUGAUUGUGUCUAGGAUGCAGAGAGCAUCCAAUGACAUAUAUCAUCUUGUUUAUAUUGGUAAAGUAAAGGGAUGAAAAAGAUUGUUUUUAUAUCUUUGAAUCCCAGUUUGGCCAAAGCUAGGAGAGCUUGGCCAAUUUUAACUUGUAAUUUGUUUGCUCCACUAUUCAUGAUUGAUUCUUUUUAAGAUCACAGGAUUAGUUGGGAAAAUAGAA